AUGAAUGGAACAGAAGGUGAAAAUUUCUAUGUCCCCAUGUCCAACAAGACCGGCGUUGUUCGGAAUCCGUAUGAGUAUCCUCAGUACUAUUUGGCAGAACCGUGGAAGUUCUCUGCGUUGGCUGCCUACAUGUUUCUUCUGAUUCUUCUGGGAUUCCCAAUCAACUUUCUGACUCUCUUUGUCACAGUCCAGCACAAGAAACUCAGAACUCCUCUGAACUACAUCCUUUUAAAUUUGGCCAUAGCCAAUCUCUUCAUGGUCUUAAUAGGCUUCACCACUACCAUGUACACAUCUAUGAAUGGAUAUUUCAUUUUUGGAACGGUAGGAUGCAACAUUGAAGGCUUCUUUGCUACAAUGGGCGGUAGGUCUGUUUUAUGUUUUCCUUCAAGUAUCAUGCCACUAUGAAUUCACUGUAGACAUAAGUUCCUAUUUCAGAUCUUAUAGAAUUGUUUAGGUGGAAGAGACUCCCGGUCAUCUAGUCCAACCCCUGCAAUGCAGAAAUCUCAGCUAGAUCAUAACAUGACUUCAUUCUUCAACAGAAUUCCAAAAGCUAGUACUAUUCAGAGACUCUUGUGUCACCUUCUUGUGUUGCAUACCUGAGCUAAGGUAACCGUGCUGGAAUAAUGUUAAUAGAAUUGAUGGGAAACCAAGCUUUUGAUCAUGCUGGCAAAUGGUUAAAACUAGGUUCAACUUCAAAAGGGCAAUGCGAUAUAUGGUUCUGUGCACUAUGCCUACUUCUCCUGUUUUAUAAAGUUUGCAGUCGUGAUUUUUCUCAUGGUUUUGGUGGAAGACAUUCCGAGAGCCUCCGGAGAUGGUAACUUGUAAGAUCUCACACCUUAGCUGAAAUGGCAGGGCUUUAGCUAAGGCAUCUUUUAUUCCACGUGUAAAUCAGGAACAGAAUUAAGUUGUUAACAAAAUGUAGACCAAAACCUCUUUCUGUGCUCAAGUCAGUUUCAAUCAUCAUCUCUCGAUCAUUUUGAUUAUGUGAUGUUAUCUUUUAUUUUAUUUCUACUUGGUUUUCCACUUGACAUACAGUCCUUAGGGUAGAGAAGACCUAAAUCUGAAAUAAAAUAAACCAGCGAAAAGCAAACAAACCCGACCAAAUUGGCUCAAGUCUCUUUAGGCGGUCUUUAUCCAUGAUCAAGAAGGGCAAAAAUCCAAGUUUUAUUCCCUUCACUAUUCAGUUUCAAAGUGUCUUGCUGUGGGCAAGGUCCACCCAGUGCUGCUUCCCUACAAGCCCAUUCAUUUCACUGAGGUUUGUAAAGAAGCGAAACUUCAAAUAUGUGGCUAUUCCCAGGUUAUUGUUUGGCUACAGGCAGACAGCAGAGAAAAUAAACCUUUGAUCGAGAAUUAUGUGACUCGGGCCCUUACCUCUCAAGCGUCCCUCACUGGGAGGCGUAUCCUGCAUUCAGCCUGCUCUCCAAGGGCUGAGAAAUGCCAGGAACAGAACGGUGGGAUGCCACAGCAUCCUUUAAGAAAGGAUCAAAACAAAUGUGGAAUGGUGCUUAAGGCAGCAGAGCUGUGUUGGUUUUCGUCAUGCUGGGGUUUUUUUAUGUCGCCUGUGUUUUGAUCUGUUUUGUUGGGCUUUCAAACGUUACUACAUAUAAUGAUUUGAUAACUCCGUUGUGAGUCACCUUGGGCAGCUGUGUUGAAGCAUGAGGCAUGCUUGUUUUAAAUAAAAUAUAUUAGUAAAUGAGUGAAUAGAACAAACUCAGAUUUGCCUACAUCCCAUACAAAACAAGUGGUGGAAGUCUAAUGUAACGAGAGAGGAAAGCAACAUCUUCCUCAACACUUUCCUCCCUAUAUAAUCUGAAUCCUGGUGCCCCCUUUUCCUCCCCUGGGCUCUGCUGGAAAGUGUACCUGGUUGAGGGAGAAGCACUUGAGGAAAGGAGCUACAGGGAUAUAAGCUAUGAGAGUGAAUUAUUGAAAAGCAGUAUAAAAAUGUUAGAAAUGAAUUGACCAAUGGUUGGCAUGAAGAGGGUUCAGCUCUCUCAUCCUCUGAGCUUAAGUGCAUGAAUUUGCCACAGUCUUGUGUGAACCUGAAGAAUGAGGGAACUAAAGAAGGAUCUGAUCAGACAUGUAGUAUGGUGCUGAGUAGACCAUAGGACAGGGAGGUGAAACCUGAUGCCCUCCAAUUGUUUUGCACAACAACUAUCAUGCCCCGCCUUUGGUCAUGCUGACUGGAGCGGAUGAGAAUUAGAGUCCAAUAAUAUAUGAAGAAUCACAAGAAAAAGAGGAACCCAUUGAGUUGUUUGAAGGGGUGGCUUUUCCAUCUCUCCCUCUCCUUCUCAUCUUCUUCUUCCUCCUCCUCCCCCCCUUAUUGACAGAUGCUUCUUUUGUUCUCUUACAGGUGAGAUAGCCCUGUGGUCUCUGGUUGUCCUGGCUGUUGAAAGAUAUGUGGUGGUCUGCAAGCCCAUGAGCAAUUUCCGCUUUAGUGGGACCCAUGCCAUCAUAGGGGUGAGUUUCACUUGGAUCAUGGCCUUGGCAUGCGCUGGUCCUCCUCUCUUUGGAUGGUCAAGGUAGGUAUGCAUCAUAUUCCUUGCAGUAAUACAGACUGCAGUAAAUUUGGGGGGUUUGGAUAGGAGAGGGAUAAUGGGGCCAGAACAACUAGUGAGCAUUCCUUAAUGAUCAGAGGUGAGGGGUGUUAUUUGUUGGGGGAAAUGACAGAUAAAUGGCCCACAGUGACUGGAGAUACUUCUGGAAGGUGAGAGCCGUUUUGGCAAAGGCAUACUUUGCCAAAGUCGAAACCAGCGCUUUAAUUGGACCCAGAAACUAAUUGGCAGCCAGUGCAGUAGGGACCAGGACCAUUGCAGUAUGCUCAAACCAUCUUCCUCCAGUGAGCAACCUGACCACUGAAAUUGGCACCAGUUGAAGUUUAUUCAUACUGUUAAAGCAUUAAAUGAAUGAAUGAAUGUUACAAUUUAAAGCUAUUGGAGUGUUAAUAUGUUUACCCCAAAACUAUGCUCUGUUUAUAAACCCAAAUAUUACAAAAUAAAAACCCACUGUGACUGUGCUCUCUUCCUCCAAAUGAAACCAAACCUGGGUUGCUGCUAUUGCUGGAGCUUCUGAAAUCUUGUGGAAGUGGGGCACACACAAUAGACUACAAUCCCACCCACUAACUCUUUUGCUUUAACUGUAGAUAUAUCCCAGAAGGUAUGCAGUGCUCUUGUGGAGUUGAUUAUUAUACACCAAACCCGCAAGUUCACAAUGAAUCCUUUGUCAUCUACAUGUUUCUGGUGCACUUUGUCACACCAUUGACUAUUAUAUUCUUCUGCUACGGUCGCCUUGUCUGCACUGUUAAACAGGUGAGUGACCCUACAAAAAGAUAAAACUCUUCUCCCUUCCCCAGCACAAACCUAUCAAGGCUGAAAACAUUUCUCCUGACUUCAUCAGUCCCAGCCCAGUGUAAGGAGAUUCCACAGUGCAGCUACCAGGAUAAUCCAAGUUUUGACUUUGUACCUUCAGGGUACUUCUGAAACAUAACCACAGCAAUAAUUGUGGAAUGUUGCAUUUAUAGUUUACUUAAGGUAAAGGUAAAGGGACCCCUGACUGUUAGGUCCAGUUGCAGACAACUCUGGGGUUGCGGCGCUCAUCUCGCUUUAUUGGCCGAGGGGGCCGGCAUACAGCUUCUGGGUCAUGUGGCCAGCAUGGCUAAGCCGCUUCUGGCGAACCAGAGCAGCGCACAGAAACGCCAUGUACCUUCCCGCCGGAGCAGUACCCAUUUAUCUACUUGCACUUUGUGCUUUCGAACUGCUAGGUUGACAGGAGCAGGGACCGAACAACGGGAGCUCACCCUGUCGCAGGGAUUCGAACCACCAACCUUCUGAUCGGCAAGCCCUAGGCUCUGUUCUCCUUAAAUGCUGUAAGCCCUUCUCAAUGAUGCCCAUGCAGCUGGUUACAAAACAGAAUAUAAAUAAAUAUUUUGGGGGGACGGGGGCGGGAAUUCAAACUGCGAUUUGCACAAACUAUGAUACCCCAUGCUGUUUUCCACAUCCCUGCUGCCUGCUCUUCCCUCCAAUGCCAGCCUUAACAAUUCAACAUAUUGUAAUAAUAGUUUUUGAUUGUCACUUGCUUCUGAAAAAGGAUUGGGCACCAGCUUCACAACGAAGAGAACCAACUGUUAUUCUUUGGGAUGUAACAGAGGUUCUGGAGGCCCAGAACCUUUAACUACAGCAACUAAAGAAACCCACCCAGAGCUGUAUCAUCCCCCACCGCACUGGAAUGCUGCUAGUUUCUGUUCCGGUGAUUAGCUUCCCAUUCCCAAACAGCCCUGUUGCCUAGUCUUGACCACCCUCUGUUGUCAUGCUUCUAGGCAGCGGCUCAGCAGCAGGAGUCUGCCACCACCCAGAAAGCUGAGAAAGAAGUCACCCGCAUGGUCGUCAUCAUGGUCAUUUCCUUCCUUGUUUGCUGGGUGCCCUACGCCAGUGUUGCUUUCUACAUCUUCACUCACCAAGGGUCAGACUUCGGCCCUGUAUUUAUGACCAUCCCGGCCUUCUUUGCCAAGAGCUCUGCUAUCUACAACCCGGUGAUUUACAUCUUAAUGAACAGACAGGUAACUUGGCAACGUUGCCCUGGCUUUCCAACAAUAUAACAAUACUUGAAGAGUUUAUGGCACUCUCCCUAAGUGCUUAAAGUGCUUCCUUAUAUACAUUAGCUUAAUAAUUCUUGUGGCAAACCCUGUAAGGUAGGCCAUUUUUAUUACCCCCCGUAUUACAAAUGUGAAGUGGAGGGACGCUGAGAGACGGUGGCUUCCCCUAAAUGAUUGUGUUGCUGAGCUGAGAUUUGAACCAGGCUCUUUAGCUCAUGUGCUAAAUUUAUCUUUACUGCAUUUUGCUUCUUAUUAAUGUGCCUGAAUAUAAUGUGUCUUGAUGCAGGUGCUGAUGGUUAAUAUGAAAAAAAUCCCUAAUCAUCUGUUUUAAAAUAGAACCGUGUGGCAAGGGACUGGAGAGGAUGUUCUCACAUUAUCUCAAGGAUGAUACUUGCUCUCUGUUGGUUGCCAAAAAGCCUGUCCCCCUUCUCACCCAUUUUUUAAAAUUAAAACAGCAAGCUCCUAAUGACUCUCACCAUUUGUGAAGCAUUUACGGCAACAGGACUUAAGCCUAAGCAUUUCUCAGACUAUGAAUUAUAGUAUUAUCAAUUACUUCCCUGGGAGCUGCGUUGUGCCAGGGAAUCAACAUAUGGGUCCCAGAGGAUUUUCACUUGCUUUAAAAUACAGUACAGCUUUUACUAUGUGACUAGACAGAGAGGGGCAAGACAAAGCAGGUUUUUUUUUUUUUUUUAAAUGUAGGAUUACAGUGACAGAAGAACAAUGGAAGGUACAGUGAAUUCAACUUUAGACGAUUUGUGUAGCCAUUGCCUAAAUCAGGAUUUCCCAAACUUGGGUCGCUAGCUGUUUUUGGACUACAACUCCCAUCAUCCCUAGCUAGCAAGACCAGUGGUCAGGGAUGAUGGGAAUUGUAGUCCAAAUACAGCUGGAGGUCCAAAUUCAGGAAACACUGGUCUGAAUGGCCUUUCCUGAUGCCCAGAUACAUCAGUGACUUUUGGGCACAGCUCCACAUGCUGAUUUUGUUUGUUUGUUUGUUUACAGUUCCGUAACUGUAUGAUCAGCACCCUCUGUUGUGGAAAGAAUCCGUUGGCUGAGGAGGACACGUCUGCAGGCACUAAGACUGAGACUUCCACCGUCUCCACAAGCCAGGUUUCCCCUUCAUAG